GCUGAAAAUCGGUGGAGAUGCCAGGGUUGUGUUGUUUGAGCACUCCUCAGGCAGUCAACCGACUCCUUGCCCUUUUCUGUUUCCUACUUUGAUUGCUCCAUUUUCUUCUGAAUCUGGACCGUGAAGGCUGGCUUUCUUUCAAGGCUCUGCUUGAUCAAUCUCUCAUUUUAUAACAGAAUAAGAAUCUCGUUGGCCAAUCACUCCAUGAUGUCCAUCCAAUCAAGAAAAAGGGCGUCUUCCUCAUCGAAUGCUCCGCAUGGAGGAGAUCAUGAAGGGGGAGACAAACGACCGAAAGGGAAUGCCUACGAAGUGUUCUUGAGCUUUAGAGGGAUAGACACACGCAAAAAUUUCACCGAUUAUCUCUAUACUAGUCUUAUCGAUGCAGGAAUUCACGUGUUCAGAGACGACAAUGAGCUCCGUGUUGGUGAGGAGAUUGGUCCGGAGCUUCUCUGCAGCAUUACGCAGUCCACGAUCUCUAUCCCAAUUAUUUCCGAGAACUAUGUUUCCAGCAAAUGGUGCCUUUGUGAGCUGGUUCAGAUGUUAAAGUGCAAGAGGAGUAAAGGGCAAAUAGUGUUGCCCAUAUUUUACAAAAUGGAACCCUCACAAGUACGACAUCCUAUGGGGAGAUUGAGAGAAGCUAUUGAUGCACAUAAAAAGAAUAUGGAGGAAAUGGUUGUGAAGGAAUGGGAAGAAGCACUCAAAGAAGUCAGCUCCUUGAAAGGAUGGGAAUCGGAGAAAAUUGAUAACGGGCAUGAAGGAACAUUGGUUAAAAUUAUUGUGAAAAAAGUUAUGGGCGAGUUAAAAAGACUUUUUCAGCUAAAUGUUCCGGAACAGUUAGUGGGAAUCGAGGAUCAUGUGCAACAGAUUAUGAGCAACAUAGAUGCUGAAUUCAAUGGUACAAAGAUUAUUGGAAUUUAUGGAAUGGGCGGCAUCGGUAAGACUACUCUUGCAAAGGUGUUAUACAAUAGACUCUCUUGUCAUUUUAACUGUCGUAGCUUCCUGGCAAAUAUCCGAGAAACAUCCCAAUGUAAGGGAAUUGAAUGCGUACAAAAGCAAUUCAUUGAUGACCCCAGAGAGCAGAGAGCGCCGCUGUUUGCUCUUGAUGGCCCUGAUCCGCCUACCUUUUACAAAAGCAGUCUGAAAGGGGCCUAUCGUGCUCUUCAAAGCUAG